AAAAGACUGGAAAGUCUGGGGAUCUGGAGCAUUGGCUGGCCCAAUUGAAACACACUCCCGAGGCCGAUGAGGAGCCAGAGAGUGAUUUUGUCAACAUCCACCGUGACUCCGAACCAUCAGAGAGCAUUGAGGUCAUCUCCACAUCUGAGGUCCCCUCUAUUCCCAACUCCACCAAGGGCUAUGCAUGCAAUUGUGCAUCCCCACCAGAGGAGGUGGAGAUUGAGAACUUGGAUACCAUCAACUGCCUGCAGGAGAACUCGGAGUGUGCAAUCUUGCACUCGUUUUGUCAAAACUUAGGCGAGAAGUGCAACAAGUUGGAGGAAUGCUGCAUGGGCGAGGAGCGCCACUGCAUCCGACAGGCUUUGAGCAAGAAGACCCACGACAUGUGGCUCCUCAAAACGCAGGAGCGAUGCGUCGAGCUGCCGGCUUCGGGGAAGGAUUUCCGCGUGAAGCUGGAGGCCCUGCAGAAGGAUGGCUCGCAUUCCUGGCUCCUUCGUCGUUCGCUCAGAGAGA